AUGAUUGAUGAUGUCAAGAAGGAGGUAACAUUCUGUAUACCAAAUGGAUUGGUGUCUGAGGUGAAGAAGCUAAAGGGACAUGUUACUGUUAAAUAUAAAGAGAAUACAGUUACACAACAACAACAACAACAUCAGAGUACAAGUGAUAAUGGUGCAUCUACUUCACCAUUACCAUCACCAACAACACCUGUUACUCCUACUCCAACGACAACGACAACACAAUCAGUGACACUAGGUCACUCACUCAAGAAGUCUACCAACAACUUGGCAAGCUCAUCAUCAUCAUUGACAGUGCCAGCAUCAUCCUCAUCAUCUUCCUCGUCAACAACAUCAACUACUACAUCGGCAGGAUCAGAGAAAGCAUUGAUAUUGGAGAUAAGAUGUAGGGACUUCAACCUACUACGUAUAUGCCUGCCCUCCAAUCAAAAGGGCAAUGAGGCGCAUGCAACAAUGUUGAGAUACGCUUUCCCCGAGUCGACAACGACAUUGUUUGCUAAGGCCUUCGCGCCAUACAUCUCCGAGAUGUCUGCCAACGGUUGGCAGACCUACGACCCCGUCGAAGACUACGAAAGACAAGGUCUGUUGGCUCCUGGCAGCAACUGGCGAUUGACAAAGAUCAAUGCCAAAUAUGAUAUAUGCGACACAUAUCCCGCCUCCCUGCUGGUGCCCAGCACACUAUCCGACUACAUGUUGCAACGCUCAGCGUCAUUCAGAUGCAAAUCUCGCUUCCCCGCUUGCACUUGGCGACAUCCUUACACGCAUGCCUCGUUGUCACGUAGUGGCCAGCCCAUUGGCCAAGGCAAGUCACGCUGCGAGGAGGACGAGUCACUUCUGCAGGCUAUCAGGAAGAGCACGCCUGUCGACCAGGUCCAUGCGCAGGGCCUGCCUCAGCCUCUGUUCAUCUACGACUUGCGUGCCAAGUCAUCGAUCGGCUCGCUACACAGCAACUUCUCAGAGGAUCACAUCAACUAUCCACACUGCUACGUCGAGUAUGCAGGCCUGCCCAACAUCAACGAGCUGCGCGAGUGCUCGACCAAGCUGUUUAAGGCAAUCCGCAACUGGGACGAGAAGAAGAGCUGGGACGAGAUCGACUCGUCAGGAUGGUUGGCUCAAGUUGGCAAGCUGUUGUUGGCGUCAAAGCGUGUGCUCCAGAUCUUGCACUCUGAGGGCCUAUCCGUACUCAUCCACUGUACAGAGGGAUGGGACCGCACACCCCAGCUCAUGAGUCUUGUUCAACUCCUGGCAGACCCUUACUACCGCACUAUCAAAGGAUUCGUCCAACUAAUAUGCAAGGAGUGGCUAUCCUUUGGACAUAAGUUCAUGACCAGAUCAGGAACAAUGUCUGGAUCAGCACUAAAGCAGACAUCACCAGUGUUCUUGCAAUUCAUCGAUUGUGUCUGGCAGUUGACGAGACAGUUCCCAACAAGCUUUGAGUUUACGGCUCAGGUGCUGACUACGAUCAUCCAUCACAUCCAUUCUAACCUGUUUGGAACUUUCUUGUUUGAUUCAGACAAGGAGAGAUCGAACAACAAGGUGCAGAACGACUCUGUGUCUCUCUGGUACUUGCUCAUUGCGAUGACCAAGGAGCGCGCAUUCAUCAAUCCCCUCUACUCACAAUCGUCCGCAAUUGUAGACGACCCUGAGCUCAGCUCAGGACCAUUUGUCGUUCGAAAGGACUAUGACAAGGCCAACAUAUUGGUGCCCAACCUGCAGAACCUGCAGCUGUGGGCGGACUUCUACCUGAAGUGGCGCUACCCCGUCAAGCCCAGCAGGAAGACCAUGACGCUGGUCGACCGAGCCUUAGCCGUGCACGGCUUCAAUGGCGACCUGGUAUACAUCCAGAAGAAGAAGAAGGAGAGGCAUGCACGCAAGUCACAGAGGCGGUCAAACAUCGACCAUCUACGCGCGAGAAAGUCCAGCAAGACCAAGGAGAGCAUCGCCAACUACUUUACAAGUGAUGGCACUCCAGACGCAGAUCAGCAACAGCAGAUGGAUCAGCAACACAAUGGAAAGAAGAACUACGAUAUACCAAAGUUGCUGAUCGAGAAGAUUGACAAGUCGGCAUAUGAUGGCUCGAUGGACAGCCCAGCAGAGUGUGAGGAGUUGAGGACGUCGACGACCACGACCACUACAACUACCACGGCAACUUCGAACAAUAACAGGCGCAAUGGAACUGCAUACAUCACAAGCCCAGUGCUCAGCCCAACCGACCUCAUCAGCCCAUCGUCCAAUGAGGACGUGUCAGAGGACUCGGUACUCUCUCCAGUCGCCAACAAUGCGCCAGCCAGCACCAACCUCAAUCAAUCGAUUGCCAGUCAGGAGAAGGAGUUGGCCAAACAACAGAGAAGGAAGGAGAAGAAGGAGCGACGUGAGAAGAAGAGGGCAGAGAGAAGGAGAAAGAAGCAGGAGAAGAAGGAUAUGGAAGAGAAGAAGACGCCAGACAUAUCUGUUGUUCUGCACGGUGCCACCAAGACCAUAUCACUACGCUCACCCAAGAGCAGGAUAUCAAUCUUCUCUGCAUCAUCAACACCAAUGUCUCCAACAACCAGCUCACCUAGUAUUGGAGAAGUGAACCAUCAUCAAGAGUCUCCAAACAUGAAUGGUGGUGGAGGCCUCAACAGCAGCACCAAUGGCAACACGACCAACUCAUCUCAAUCCGCAUUCGCAAGGAUCUUCAAGACGAUCACAAUCAGACACAAGGCUUAG